CUCCCCGGGGCAUUGGCGAUCAAUGUACCAUGCACUAAUGGAUGCUUCCUCUAUUGUCCCGCUGCGGGGCUGGAUUGGCUGCGGGGCUGUGGGAAACACCGGCGAUCCCGACACUCACGUAUCUGCCCCGGCUCCCCGGGUAUAAAUAGAGGCACUUGGGAGCUGCCCAAGCAUCGCCUCACGCUCGGCACAGCAGCUGCCCGGGGUCUGUGCCCAGGGCUGAGCGCUCGGAAUGGCUCCCAGCAAUGCUCUCGUGAUCCACAUGGAGGAGAAGCUGCUGCCAAAGGAAAAGAAUAAACUGAGGAAGCCGGUGGUGGAGAAAAUGCGCCGGGACCGGAUUAACAGCAGCAUCGAGCAGCUGAAACUGCUCCUGGAGAAGGAGUUCCAGAGGCACCAGCCCAACUCCAAGCUGGAGAAAGCCGACAUCCUGGAAGUGGCUGUCAGCUACCUGAAGCAGCAGAGCCAGCUGCAGGACCAAAAAACAUUCAUCCACAAGAGCCCAGAGCAGGACUUUAACAGCGGGUACCUGCGGUGCCUCAAGGAAGCGAUGCACUUUCUGUCCUACUACGAGCCCAAGAAGGAGACCCAGGUCCAGCUCAUCAAGCACUUCUGCAAGGCUCAGCUGGGUGCAGAUGCCUCGUACUCUGCAGCUCUGCGUGGCCCCAGCCUUUCUCCCUGUGUGUUUCCCAGAAAACAGCCUGCCCAGAAGAGCGUGGCUGCUGCUCCCACCAUCUGGAGACCCUGGUAGACCUGCUGAACUUUAUUCCCACUUUUUGCUACAAAAACUAGAGGGACCUGUGGUUUAUUAGUUCCUCUUUGAAGUAGGAAACAUUGCUUUCCAAAGGUGGGAGGAGAGGGCGGUUAUUGUUUUUCUGUCACCAGAAAUGAGGGUCGCUGGCUGGUUUCCCUUCAUAGUGAAGGACUGUGGGUGUAUCUUGCAGCAAAUUUGUUGCUUUUAUUGGUGGCUCCUGGCCAAAGGCAGGACCAAGUUCUGUGGUGAUUUAGAGAGCAAAUGCCCUUUGGUUUCCAUCACAGGCUGCUGAGCCGGUGGCUGUCAGUGGAAAUCUCUCUGCUGACUGCCUGGGUCACAGGUUCAAGUGCUCCGUUGUCUCUAGAUAAUGUAUUGACCUUCCUCAAGAAGAGAAUGUAUUUUGUAUCAUAAAGAGAGGAUUGAGCCUUUCCCUUUUGAGUGAAAGAUGUUAUUAAGAAAUGCUGAUUCUUCUGAAGCUCCUCUGCUAUUUCUAGUAUCCUUCUUACAGAAAGUUGAGAUGAUCACAGAGAGCUCUAGGGACAAUUCUUUUCAUGUCACUUUUUUGCUGCUCUCAUUUGAGGGAUAAUUGGUGCCUUUUGUAAAGGAAAUACCUCUGCUAUACCUUAAGGAAAAGGGGAGGAAGGGAGGCAAUAAGUACUUUAUAAUCAUCCACUGAGCAUGAUAAGGAGCUUAAAAAGCUUUUAUAAAGUUGUGAUGUAUUCAUCCUGUGUGAUGUUCAACUUGUGUGUCUUCACUG